GUCCGUCCGCGAUUGUCGUCAUCGUCGUCGUCGUCGUCGCGGUUUCGUCGUCUCCGUCACCGCGCACCGCUUACUGAGUACUUACACGUUUCGACAGCAACAACAUCUCACAGUGUACGACCGAAAUCCGUCACCAGCCCUGCAGUGUAUUUUGGUAUCGCUGUGUACACUGGUGCGUGCAAUAAUUUCCAUUUGUAUUGUGAGGUUGAGGUCAUGCCCAUGAAUUUGGAUUGCUGAACGCCAGAACAAUACACUUAUACACCUGCGCCUAGACUGUGCUCCUACGGUUAUAGUCGUAAAAUCGUGAUGAUCAAGACUCCGUAUUCAUACAGGUUUUAAACGAUUUGUCAUUCGAGUUGGUUUAUGUCGGACGGUGAGAAAAGAUAAAAGGAUCCAAAAAAAGCAGUCAUGUUGAAACACGUGCACCGAGCAAAAUGUGCCGACACACUUAGCAUUGUGUCUACAGCAAGUUCUUUUAACCAUGAGCCAAUGUCUAGUAGAUGUUCAAGUGUAUCGUCGUUGAACAUUUCAAAUCCAGUUGAUACAAUCAAAGUGUAUACAAAGUGUUUGCGUUCCGACCUCGAGUACAAAACACUUGGACUGGCUUAUACGACGACUUGCAGUGAAGUGAUAUCUAUUCUGCUCAAUAAAUACCGAAUGCGUCACAGAGACCCAAAUUUGUUUUUCAUGACUAUGGAAAUAAAUCUAAGGAAAAUCGGACUCAGAACUGUAUUCGUCCUGGAUAACGAAUCAUGUCCUGCCGUGUUGCAGUCAUGUCACCCCAGAGGAGAAUCGAGGUUUUGCUUGCAAUCCAAAAAAGGUGGCCUUGUGAAGGUUUAUGACGGCGAAUUGAUGCCUGGGUCCAAGUAUAAAAGCCUAUUGAUUUCUGAACGUACGACCGUCGACGAGUUGAUCAGAAUAUUACUUAACUGUUAUAAUAGCAAAGAGCAAGUCGAACAGUUUUCGUUGUACGAGUUAUCGAAAUCCGAAGAAUACCAACGCAAACUCCACCACGAUGAUAUACCAUUGAACGUGCAAUGUUGUUGGCCGCUUAAUAGUGACUACAUUUUCAUCAUUAAAAGGAAUCCAAAUUAUAAGUCGAAACAAGUGCAGACGAUUUGGACCGAACAUCACCAUCAAGAAGAAGAAGCUUCAACGAACGAAUACGAAAAUUUUAUUUAUAUAUAAUAUAAGUAUUUAUGUAUCAAAUUCAUCAUGUAUAUAUACACCGUAAAUGUCACUGUGACCUUGUUAUAUUAUAAUAUUACUAUUAAGCGACUGUUUUUACCGAUAAUAACGGUUUUAAAUAUUUUUCACGAACUUUUACAACAUAAGUUUUUAAGUGCAGAUGUAUGUACAAAAUAUCUAUUAUUUUUUUACUUAUAAAAUAAAUAUCUAUGUGGUAGGUUUUAAUGUAGUGUAAUAUAUAUGGAGCUACUGCACAAUAGUAGUGCAUAGAAGUUUGUUGUUUUGUAAAUGGGUCUCAAAUUUGUGAAUAGUUGAAAAUGCUCUUGUUUUUAGUAAAUGUCGAAAAUAAUUCAGGUAUACGUUUAAAUUGCGACUAAAAUAAUGUAUAAUAUACCUAUAUGUAUACUUACAACAACAGCAUCAAUUAAUAAUUUCAUUAAUGAUAAUAGGUAUAAGCCUAAUAAUGAUUUUGUAUUAAUAAACAAAACUAUGUCUAUUUUACUGUCACAAAAAAAAAAUCUGAUUUUAUUGUUAAAUAUCACUUGAAGGGUACAUAAUUUUAGUCGUUGAUCAAUGCGCCAAACUAAAAUUGAACAUUCUUCUUUUUAAAUUUUUUAUUGUCGUUAUAUUAUACAGUUUUUUUUUUUAAUACCAACAUUAAUUUUUUUUGCACAAUGUCAAAUUAUUAUAAGUUAU